ACACUUCCACUGUCGCCGUUCCUGGACGCAUUGCGGUUUUUGGUGCUGUGUAUGGGCUCGGGGGAUGCUGCUUCGUAUAAUCCGAAACCACUAAUCCCUUUAUUUUCUCUCAUAUCGGACAUGCUGCUAGUCAAUUGUCAAUUCCCUUAAGCAGCUCAUCCCCACCCCUCUUUUUUUCCUCCCCCCCCCCCCCCCAACUAACCAAACCACGCGCACUUCACCAUCACCACCACCAUGAACCCCGCCUGGUGGCCCGGCGAGAAGCACGAGCUCUUCACGGCGUGGGCCAUAUCCCAAGGCAUCAUCAUCAAUGGAGUCAGCCCAGCCCGGUUCCCUGGCCGCGGACUAGGCAUGAUAGCCACACGGAAGAUCAAUAAAGAUGAAGCCAUAAUCACAGUCCCACACAAAACAAUGUUCACCCCAACCCGAAUCCCUGUCUCCUUCCGCAACAAAUUCCCCGCCGCAACGCCCACCCACGUCCUCUACGCCGCAUACUUCACCCACGGCUCCCCGGAAGACCUUCGUCCCUACGCCCUCUGGCGCGAUACCUGGCCCACUCGCUCGGACUUUGAAGAAAGCAUGCCGAUUCUCUGGCCUGACACAAGUCCAUCCCUCCUCCCCCCCUCAAUCUCCUCCCACUGGACCACCAUCCCCGCGCACACCCAACCCCACACCCACGCAUACGAGACACCACACCAGAACCUCUUAUCUCAGCAGGAGAAGCGACUCCGCAGCGCAUACGACACCGUGGUAUCUGUCUUCCCGGAGACAGACUGGGAAAGGUUCUCGUACCAUUGGCUUGUUGUGAACACGCGGAGUUUCUUUUACCUCAUGCCCGGAGAAGAGCCGCCUGAGGAUCGCAAUGAUGCGAUGGCGUUGGUGCCCUUCGCGGAUUAUUUCAAUCAUUCGGAUGUGGUGUGUAAUGUGAAGUUUGACGGGGAGAAGUAUGUGUUUUGGGCGGCGAAAGAGUAUGAGGAGGGAGAGGAAAUCUACAUUAGUUACGGACAUCAUCCGAACGAUUUCCUGUUUACGGAGUAUGGCUUCUAUCUGGAAGAAAAUGCGUCGGAGACGCUCUACCUCGACGAUGUCAUAUUCCGGGAUCUCAGCCCGGCACUGCAGGAGGAGCUUGAGUUCCACCAAUAUUAUGGAAACUACCAAUUGACCGCGGAUGGCGUCUGCUACCGUACGGAGAUUGCCGCCAGCAUAACAUACAUGCCCCUUAAGGACUGGCAGAACUACGUGCUCGGGUACUCCACCAGAGGUGUGGACGAGAGGAAAUCAGAAGCUGUCAUCCGAGGGUGGAUCGAUGCCUAUAUCAAGGAAUCGGACAGGACGAUUACCCUGUUGGAGCAGCGCAGUCGCGAAGCAGACAAGCACCCAGACAAAGUCAGGAUGCUGCUACGGCGAUGGGCUCAAAUCAAACGCCUCUGCGAGGGGGCCGCAGAUGCAGUUUCCUGCUAAUACCGGAUCUAGAGAGAAAGAAAGAAAGAAAGAAAGAAAGACAAGACUAAUUCUGGGGUAUAUCAUCGAAUAGGUACACAAGUAUCG